UAAAAAACAAUACGGAAGUUUAGAUUUUACCGAUCAAGUGGAAGUCUAUCAACUGGUGAUAUUCUAUUGCGUGAGGCAGAUGUGUCGGUGGCGUCUACUUUGAGGAGCCAUUGUCGACUAACCAGGAAAUACACUUUUUAAUUGUUUCGACUGUCGUUAACAUUCAUUUUUAGGCUCCAUAACACUUUGAAGCACAUUCAGUACAAGUAUGUGAGGUUGUGGUUGCGAUGCCGAUAUCAGGACGCUUACAGAGAUGACUACUAGUAUAUUUUUGUAUAGAGGAUGCAUAAUUUUGUUUGCUGAGGCCAAAUUGGAUGAUUAAGCAAUAAUCAAGUCUAAAUAUCCCAGUUAAUCGGUAACACCACCAGUUAAUCGGUAACACUGACGCAGUUGAGCACAGUACACGAACGAUUGACUUUAGACUGUCAGCAUAAGGCUACCAGAAUGGGAAUUUUCUAUGGAAUUUUGAGCUGGACUGCUUUGUUUCUGCUGUUUAUGGUUUUAAUAGCGUUUCUUGGUUUCUGCUUGUACAUUAAGUACAUUCAUAUGGCAUAUGACUACAUACCUGGGCCCCCGAGAGACAAUUUUCUCUUAGGACACGUACCAACCUUUUUGAAGGCAUUGAAAAAUGAUGACGUUAUACACGACAAAUUUAAAGAAUGGUGUGAGACUCACGGGUCUGUUUGCAGGAUAAAUUUUCUGCAUCAUGUCAUUGUCCUUGUAACCUGCCCAGAGGGAAUCAAGGAGAUCCUGAUGUCCCCAAAGUACCCGAAAGAUGAUGCCUACAAGAAAAUCGGCAACCUGUUUGGUGUAAGGUUCCUAGGUAAUGGCCUGAUAACCGCACAGGAUCAUGAACAGUGGUAUAAACAGCGCCGGAUCAUGGACCCAGCGUUCAGCAGCUUGUAUCUGAGAGGUCUAAUGGAUGCCUUCAAUGAGAGGGCAGAGAAACUGAUGUUAAAACUGACAGAUGUAGCUGAUAACCAAACGGAGGCCAGCAUGCUCAAAUUGAUGAACUUUGUAACCCUUGAUGUUAUCGCUAAGGUUGCUUUUGGUGUGGAUCUAGACCAUAUGAAGGAUAAGUCCGUUUUUACUAAAGCCAUCGCGUUAACUCUGAAGGGGAUGAUCUACCAAAUCAGAGACAUUUUUUUUAAAUUCCAUCCCAAAAACCAACCGUUCAUUAAAGAAGUGAAUGAAGCCUGCCGCAUGCUGCGCGCAACUGGAGCUCAGUGGAUAAAUGAAAGAAAGGCCGCCAUGCGAAAUGGCGAGGAUGUUCCCAAGGACAUCCUCACACAGAUCAUCAGAACAGCUGGCAAAGAGGGAAGCAUGACUUCAGAAGAUGAAGAGUUGAUGUUGGACAAUUUUGUGACAUUUUUCAUUGCUGGGCAAGAAACAACAGCCAAUCAGCUGGCUUUUUGCAUCCUGGAACUUACAAGACAUCCUGAGAUACUGGAGAAAGCAAAGAUAGAGGUUGAUGACGUCAUUGGGAUGAAACAGAUGAUCAGUUAUGAAGAUCUGGGGAAACUGAUCUACGUCUCACAGUUGCUAAAAGAGACUCUGAGGAUUUACCCAACAGCUCCAGGCACAACUCGUAUGUUACCGGAAGACACUAUCAUCGACGGUAUUAACUUACCUAAAGGAUUCGUGUGUUUUUUCAGCUCGUAUGCGACCGGGAGAAUGGAAAAGUUCUUCAAGGACCCGAUGACAUUUGAUCCGGACAGAUUUCACCCAGAUGCUCCCAAGCCCUAUUACUGCUACUUCCCCUUUGCCCUUGGCCCACGUGCAUGCCUAGGACAGAACUUUGCUCAGAUGGAAGCCAAAUUGAUAAUGGCCAAGCUGAUCCAGAGGUUUGACUUUACGCUUUCGCCAGGACAGAGCUUUGACAUCUUGGACAAUGGCACCCUCAGGCCGAAGAGUGGAGUGGUGUGCUCUGUCAGACACAGGAACCACAAUAAUUAGAUGGUCGUAAUGUACUGUGAACUAAGAAGAUGGUUAUAAUGUGGUGAAAUUGGGAUGCUAAGGCUAGCUUACUGCCUGCAGAUUUGUUCCCUUGAUUCAACCAAAAGCCGCUUAUACUGAAGAAUUGUUUUAUUACGUAUUAUUUUUAUGUCUUUGCUUCAUUGUAAAGAAAAUGGUAUUAAUGGUGCAGGUUUUAAUGAUAUAAUUUAAUCAUAGCAGUAUAUCUACAUUAACAGUAUAUCUACAAGCAGUAACGGUAACUACUGAUAUUUUUCAAACACUAAUGGGGAUAUGGGAAUACACUUGAACUACUUUUUAAUCUAGUUGGAAUGUAUUGUUUAUUUCUCACUAACUGCUCUUCCAUACACACUGAGCUGGUUGUGUACCUUGAACGCUAACAUUGCAUGCAGAAUUGAUCAACUUUACACAAAUGAAAAGAAUUAUUAAGAAAUUAUUUUUAUUUAUGCAGAAAAAAGAAAAUUGUAUUUUUUGUUAGCUUUGCACUUUAAUAAACAAAUGGCUAUUUGAA